AUGAAAUUCUCAGCUGCCUUGCUCAGCAUACUAGUGCCCCUUACCUCCUCCGCCCUAACCAUCUCCCCAACCUCGACAGAGAACAAUGACCCCGCCAUCGAAUGCGGCGACCUAGGCGUCAUGAUCAUUCCUGCAGCGGAUCUCCCCGAAGGCGUCCUUCCCAGCGACGUCCGCAAGUGCAGAGAGCAUCCACUCGGCCGCAACCGGUACCUUGAGAGUGCAUCGCUGGCACCGCUAGACCCGGUGGAUGUCCAGGCCUUGACGGGCAAUACGGCUUCAGGGGAAGCACGCUCAGAACCUAAGCACCUCAACACUUCCGAGCCACAGGCCUGCUACAGGGAUGCGCCGUACGGGUGCUCGAAGGGAUACUGCUGGAAGGUCUGCGGUAGCAAUGGCGAGUGGUGCUGGACGGCCAAGGGCGGUGGGGCCGGGGCUUGGUAUACCUGCAAUCGGUAUCAGAAUUGUGGCACUGGAACGAUGUAUGUGUGUGGAAGGAAUUGCCCGAGUUGUGGGUGUGGUUGUUGA